GGGAAAGGGAACGGCCCCGGACGGGCAGAGAGAGCUCGGCUCGGCUCGGCACAGCUCAGCUCGGCUCGGCACGGCUGCUCCGGCACGAUGAAGCCGCCAAGGUACGGAUUUCUGUUACUGCUCCUUCAUAUCCUGAAAGCUGAUACUGUGCUAGAAAAGAAGAACGUCAUCAGUAAACUUGGAGACAACGCCACACUAAGCUGCAUUUUUAAUAAAAACAACUUGGAAUUAAAAAAUCUACGGUUAUAUUGGCAAAUAGCUGAUGAUUCUUAUCAAGAAAAGUGUUCAGUUGUGCAUAUACUGAUGUCUGGCCAAGAGGAUAACAGGAAUCAGUGCAUUCGCUUUAAGGACAGGACUCAGUUGUUCUGGGAUAGGCUGGAACAUGGUGAUUUUUCUCUGCUAUUACUAAAUGUCAGCCAGAGUGACAGAAAUACAUACAAAUGCAUAGUGCAGAACACAACUGAAUAUUCCAAAGUGAUUUACCAGGCAGAAGUGGUUCUCAGUUUAGCAGUGAGCUACAGCCAACCAAUACUCAGUGGACCAAUAAGAAACAGUGACAGCACUGGAGAGGAGGUGACCUUCAACUGCAGGUCUGGCAAUGGGUACCCAAAGCCCAACGUCUACUGGAUCAAUAAAGUGAACAACAGCCGCCUGUCUCCAUCAGAAACAAUCAUAUCCCACGACAAUGGCACUUUCAACGUGUUUAGCACACUGAAGGUCAAAGCCACUUCUAACAUGCAAAUAGAGUGCUCCAUAGAAAAUGAGAUGCUGAAGGAAAAUCUAUCAGCCAACUACACGCAGCAGAAGAAAAGCAAUGGUUCUGCCUCAGAAAGGGACGAAAAACCAGAAAAAAAAGGACGAGGUGCUCAAGCAGCUGGCAUCAUUGGCAUUGUCUUUGUGAUAGGUCUGCUAACUGGGUUAAUCUGCUGGCUCUGGAGGAGGAGGUCCUCUAACCUAGUGUCCUACAGAGAUGUCCAACCAAGAGAAUACCAAGGAGGACUCAACUCACCUGUCUAAAUGGAAGGACUACCAACAAUUUGGGCAGCUGGAGAUGUGUCAAGAGAAGCAUCACUCCCUCAGUGGCAGCACUGUUUGUAAUACAAGUGACAGAUUUCUGCUAAGAGAGAUGGCAAAAAAAUAAAUAAAAGCUUCUAGAACACAAGAGAGAGGAAAAUCUGCUGGAUUUUCAUUCCAGCCACUGACUGUGCCCACAGAACAGUUGUGUCACCACUCCAGCUCAGCACUUUGGACAGCCCUCUGUGACUGUAGUGAUUUGGGGAAAGCAGAAAUCCUGGGGCUCAGCUGCUCUGUGCCAGACCACUGAGAGCUGGUGACUGUCCAGUCUUCCAUCGUGGUCCUUGAGGACUGCCAGGAGCAGAAGGAGCCACAUUUCAGGAGCAGGGGAUGUUCUUGCUGUCACCUUACCCUGAGGAUGACUACUGCACGUGCAGGAAGGCAGCUAAAACAAAGAAAGAAAACUGAAGGACUCUGAAGAGUGAGAUUUGUGACCUCUUCCAUGUUUCUCUCUCUCUCUCUGUAAAGUACAAUCCUUCCAUUGUCUGUUUUCAGCAGCUGCUAGUGUGUAUAGAACCAGGCAGAACACUUUGACCCAGCCCCCCAAAAACAGGAGUUGCUCUGAUGGGGUCAAAUACUGAAUGUGUAAUCAUAAGGGAAGGUGCCUUCUUUAAGCCUUUGUAGCAACAUUUUGGUUUUUACCAAAUAUUCCACCAAAAAGGGGAUUUCCACUUUCAACAGGAGCCAGCUGUGAGAAAAAAUAAACAGGCUGUGGAAAUCUGACCAAUUAAAAAUAGAAUGUUAUUCUAUGUAAAUGUCAUGUUACCUGGACUUACCCUUCUCAGGAUGGAACAAAAACUGUGCUUGAGCUCUGCUUUAUUCAACUGAAAAUUAUUUAAGGCCUUUCCUGUGGCUCCCAGGGAGGAUUUUAAACUGAAGGUUUUAAACUUGUGAACUUGUGCUUAUGUUUCAUCCUUACACACACCCAACAAAACAAAAAAGAAGGUGCAAAUUCUAUCAGUGUGUUGUCCAUGAAUGUCCAGAAAGCCAAGAACUGCAUUUUCCUUGUGCUAGUACCUUGCUGUUUGAGCCCCAAGUCAGCCAAACUGACUGACUGAAAAUAGCAAAAGAGUAGAAUUGCUGAUGAUGUGAAAUUUUGAAGGAGGAGGAAUUUCUGUGAGCUGUCUUGCCCAGAUGGGACAGUUUCCCCAUCUUGUCACAGGGGGAUGGAGUUCAUUAUUUUUAACUGAGCUCUGGAAACACUUGACCUCUUCUGCACCAAGACUAAAUUGUAUGAUUUUUGUGAGUUAUAGCCUUGUUUGUUCUUGCUCUGUGUGAGAGGCAUUCCAGUGUCAACUCUGAGCUCAGACACUGAUUUUUCAUAUCAAGUUCAGCUUGCAGUUCCCAGGCACGUGAAAAUUCUGCUGUACUCACAUCACGUGGAGUCAAGAUCAUUUGGCAAUAGUGCAGCAGUUAUCUUUUGUCAAAGCAAUACCCCCAGGGAGGCUCCCAGCUGAGUGGCUGUGCUUCUCUCAUGUCCAUUAAUCCAGAUAUUAGAUAUUUUCUGAGCCCAAGUCUAGUCUUCAGUGUACCCUUAAGGGAACUCACUUGAGGAAGGCUUGAGGACACCUCAAAAAUGUGAACAACAUCUGUGCAGGUGUGCAGGGUUACCAUUUCCUAGUGGUUCAGUAAGAAGUCCUGCAGCCAUUUCCCCCUUAUCUGUCACAUGGAGUAAUUUUGUGCAGCCUCUGGUACUGCUGUACCUGACAGAAGCCUUUCCUACCAGCAAUUUUCCCCUUUUAUAUUCUGCAGCUGUGAUGGUUCAGAGAUGUAAGAAGAGACACAGCAGUCACUCCUCAAUAUGGUAUUAAAACAAAUUUAGGCUGGUUGGAUUUUCUUACUUCUGGGCUGCUUCAUGGAUACCCCUAAAUACAAAAACCUCUUCUUGCAAAUUCUCUGCUUUCAUGUAGCUUAGGGAUCCAGCUAUUCCUGGAGGUCAGUAAAUCCUAGAUGACAGUUGGUUGUUACCAUUCAAAACAUUGGGAAUUUCAUAAUAACAGUUUUUAUCUUCACAUGCCAUGUUUAUAUUGUAAAUAAAAUCUAUUCAUUCUUCUAGA